UGCCAGCCGUUUUUUUUUUUUCUCAGUAACUGGUCCGCCGAGUGUGAGUCCAGGCAGUAUGAUUACAUUAAAUAUGAGUUGAAGAGUGAACGCAUGCAUUGAUUCAGUUGAAGACAUUUUGUGGUGUAGUUUGUUACAGACCAGAUAGAAGAAAUUAGCCGCUGUUAUUUUUCCAGUACUUGAGAUAUAUAUAUUUGGAUCUUGAUCUAGCAUUAAAGCUUGAUUGAUUUCAAGGCGUUUUGACUCAAGUGUAUUCGAUAUUAGGAAGAAAAUUGGACAUGGUGUAGACUAGCUCUACUGUAUUAAAUAUGAGCAUAUAUUAGAUUAAUGAGACUUACUGUUAUAUAGUUAAUUAUUGAUAAAAUUAUGUGGUUUCAAUAUUGUGCAUAAACAAAGUGUAUUUACAUAGCUUCCCGCUGGUUACAGGUUUCAUCAAAAAACGUCACGGAUUUAUAUAGAUUAGUGCUGUAUGUACUGACCAGGACUUAUCUGAUUGCUGAAAUACUGUUGUCUGACACGUUUCAUCCAGCUUGUUAUCUUUGAGAGGAACUCGUGUCAUACAUGGCACGUUUGUGACACCCCAUGUUCACCCUUUGAUAGGUAUUACCUCAGAACAUCCAGCUCAACUUCCUUGACGAUGUCGCCAGUGUUCCAAGUGGUGGUCUUGUCCACGUUGCUGCAUGCAGCAUUCCAGGCACAGUUGAUGUUCGACGUCAAGGAAGGGCAGCCGCCUCCUGUCCUGGUCGGCAACGUGGCCAGUGGCAUGGGGCCCGGCUACAGGUACAUUCUCGUCUCGCCCCUUGAAUUUUUUACCGUGGACACAAACAACGGUGACCUGUUCACCAAGGUCACCCUGGACAGGGAGGGCGCCCCUUGCAAGGGCUUGGACUUGUGCAUUCUUAAUGUCUCCAUCACGGCCACUGCCCCUAACAGUUACGACAGCAUCAGUGCUGGGGUCAAGGUUGUAGACAUCAAUGAUCAACUUCCGGAUUUCUCUGUGUCCAGCUUUCAGACUACGAUGUCCGAGAGCGCAUCGGUCAAUACGAUGGUCCCUUUACCCGUGGCCACUGACGCUGAUUACGAUCCCAGGUUUCGAGUGCAAAACUACAGCCUCGUGCCAGAUAUAAUGAAUACAUUUGACUUGGUCAUCAACAGGACGAGUCGACCGGACGGCUCCGUUGAUCUCUCCCCAAACCUUCGCCUCAUCCGUAAACUGGACAGGGAGACAACCCCAUCCUACUUGGUCACUUUAAUGGCGUCCGAUGGCGAUCAUGAGGUUCGGCUGCCCAUUAAUAUCGUCGUCUCGGACGUGAACGACAACACUCCAGCAUUCAAACAGACGAGUUACUCCAAGACCAUAACGGAAAACACCACGAAGGACACUGUCAUGCUGAAAGUGACCGCUACAGACCCUGAUGCUAACGAGAACGGAAGGGUCAGCUACGAAUUGGUGUCUAACUUCCAGUCCAAGAUACUUGACAGCUUUAAGAUUUUGCCUGAUACAGGAGAAAUAGUCCUUACUCGAGCUUUGGAUAAAGAAGGGGGAACAACUGUUUAUUUUAACGUCCGGGCAUAUGACCAUGGGGUUCCUUCCCUCUCCUCCUUGGCCAACGUGUCGGUCACCAUCGAGGAUACGAUUAACGACCCUCCAAUAAUCAGUCUUAUAUUUGCCCGAAUGAAAGAUGGAAACUGCUCUGUAUCAGAGACGGAGCCAUCUGGUAUGGCUGUCGCUGUCAUUUUGGUGACUGAUCGGGACACGGGGAACAACGGGGUUACGAGCUGCUCGGUGGACAGUGACCAUUUCAAGCUGACCUCUCCCAGGCCACCUUCUGAGUACCUCGUGGUCCUCUCCUCCGCUCUGGACAGGGAGCAACAGGCUACGUACGUGGUGCCGAUAUCCUGCUGGGACAAAGGGAGUCCACCACUGACAAGCACCGCCGAGAUCCAAGUCUUUGUGGAAGAUGUGAACGACAACCCUCCAGUGUUCACCAGCGCGUUCUACCAGAUGGCUGUGAAGGAGAACCAGAGACCUCUGGAGUUUGUGGGCAAGGUCUUCGCCACUGACGCAGAUGAAGGCGUUAAUGCACAGCUGCGGUACUAUCUGGAGACGGGCGUCAAGGCUUUCAGAAUCAACGAGACCACUGGCUACCUCUAUACGUCUGGACCUCUGGACAGAGAGAACGUCAGCAGUUACUCCUUCAAGGUUUUCGCCAGCGACAUGAGCAUGGCGCCUCUGACCGCAUCUGCUACAGUUUCUGUGGAUGUUUUGGAUGUCAAUGAUAACGCUCCACAGUUUUCGUCUGAUUCUUACCGUUUUAAAGUCAUGGAGAGCUCGUCAGUUGACUUUCUUUUGGGCUACGUGAAUGCCAGUGACCCGGACAUUGGACCGAGUGGAACUGUGGGAUACGCUUUGACCAGCUACCCAUCUCAGCCCGAUCCCCCCUUCGCUAUUUCGCCCAUCACCGGAGCCUUAACCUUGACACGGGGAAUAGACUACGAGACAGAGGCUCACUACAACUUCAAGGUCAUCGCUAUAGACGGUGGCGUCCCUCGCAACAACAAGUCUGUGGACGUCUGGGUGGACGUCAUUGACGAGAACGACAACUCUCCAGUCAUCGCUUUCCCUGGUCCUGACAAUCAGAGCGUGGUGCUGAACUUGGGCGUCUCUCCGGGUCACGAGGUCAUCCAAGUGGUCGCCCACGAUUUAGACAGCGGCGAGAACGGGCGCCUGUCCUACUCUCUGAGCGCCCCGAACACUUCAGUGUCCCGGCUGUUUUGGAUGAACGAGGACACAGGCUUGGUCACUCUUGUGGCGCCCUUGACCUUGGGAGACGUUCAGACCUACAACAUCAUCAUCGGCGUUCGCGACAACGGCCAGCCCCAGCACGCCACACAGGCGCUGCUUAGGGUGGACAUCGUGGAACAGUCGCCCAGGGCUAGGGUGCAAGAGUCGUACACUACCAUUGUCAUCAUCAUGGUCUGCGUCACGCUCUUUGUCGCCAUUGUCGUUCUGGUGACCCUGUGCUUCAUUAAGUACCUAGACAAGAAGAAGUUCAACGCGGACAAGCACCAUCACCAACACCAGAAACUCACCUUUGACCCCAUUUCCAAGACAACUGCCGUGUAUCUUGCCGAAGGUGGCGGCGGCGAUGAAGUCAUGGAAAAGGCCCAUAAAUCGGGCAAUAACUUAGACGCCGCCCCCACCGACUUUCAGCAGCAGCGUUUCGGCAGUCAGAUACGAAACGGCAAGAAAUGUGUGACUUUUGACAGUGCCAUCAGAGAGUCGGAUGUUUCCAUGAGUUCGGACUCUGUCUUCACUCAACCGGACGUUGGCUUUGUUGGCCUGACUUUUAACCCUCCAUCUCUAAGUACUUUCAAUCGCAGCGCCUCACCCGUUUUUAACCCCUCACACAAAAACUCGUUCAGCGGACUCAGUAGCUCCGGUCUGAAUAUUCCCAACAUCCAGUUCCUCCAGUCGCCGCUCUCCGGGGCCCCAACGAAUAUGCCCCUGGGGUCCUCGAACUCUUCCAGGAGCAACAGCAUCGCCAACAACGUGCAUAAACUUGACCAAGGGUUAACAUCCCAGCUGCUGCAGCAAGACCAGGUGGUGGACGUGGCACUGCAGAAUCACAAUGCACUGGUCAGAUCCAUGAGACACAACAGACGUACACCAGACAGUGUCCGACAGCUGCGGCCAUCGUCUGCAAGUCACGAGACUGAUCUUUGCAGUAGCUCUUCCGUGGAGACCAGUGACAGUGGUCAUGGUGGCAGCGAGCUGGAUGUCUCCGUUAUCAAGAUGAAUGUCUGAGGUGGUCUGAAUAGAUUAGAAACUUGAAAAGACUUGUACUCCCGCUACCUGCGGGUCAAGGUUCAGGACAUGGAUUGACCAGCGGGAGCUUUUUGUUGUCCAGGAUACCAUUCUAUUGGCAUUCACGGCGAGGGGCAAGUCACUCCUGACAAGAGAGAACAAUGUAUGGCCUACCAGUCUGCCCUUGUUGUCAGGAUGUAGACGGCUUCCAGUGACUUUUUGACAGCAGCGCCCUCUCGUGUUCAUUUUCAAGAACAACCAGAGCCCCGCGUGGAGCAGGAGGAUUUAUCUAAGUCUGCUUGAAACAAAAACAUUUCACCAACUGUGAAGUAGAUAGCACUUCAUAUGGGGAGCUACAUGGUGUACAGAGAAGGAAGGGGGGGGAAUCUCUCAUCUUCAGUGGCCCAACCCUUCUCCAUGGCUUAUCUAUAUUCUUUUACUGUCCCUUUUCUUCUGUUGCAUUCUGGGGAUUAAGCUUUUAAGCUUGACAUUCUUAAAGAAAGAGAGACCGAACACUGCCCUCUUCAACACGACUCUACACUCAUAACAUAAUCACACGUUCGCCAUUGUUAUCCAGUUCCUUAAGAAGAAGGGGUGUGAUGGAAGCAUACAGCGCGAGAACCUGUCAUGCACAACUUUUUUUUUAUCCAUUCAAGUUUUUUUUUUUCUGUUUUGAGAUUGUAUUGCUGUCCAGCGUUAAAACUACAAUCUGUGUAGCUGUCAAUCAGCUGUGAGAAAGGAAGCCGGACUCGUCCUAACGCAGUGAUCCACGCUAAUACCCAUUCAGGCUUUGGUGUAAUCUCUGGAACGUCCAAUACUAAGAAUCUCUUCUGGAUUUUUUUUUCUUUUGUGUAACUCUUCAGCAUGUCAAGAAGUAAUAAGAAGGAGCCUUCACGUAACGUGCUUUGUCACGUGACUUCGUGUCCAAAGAUGUCUCCCCAGAUCGUCUGCUCUUCCCUUGUGUUAUUUAAUGUAAUGAGGAACAAAGAAACUAAAAGUAUUACUUUUGUUGAUGACUGUAUUGAGCUUAUAGCAUCAAACUCUAUGUGCCAAAUGUAAAUUGCCUGUACAUAAAUAAUAUGUAAAUGUUAUUUGUUUGCAAGAGAGUCUGAGUCUAAAAAUGCUUUUUGUAUAAAUUUUUGAUGUGAUUUGGCUGUGAAACAAUUUAAUGUUAUUAACAAAUUGUAUGUAUUAAAAUAUAUAUUUAUGUUUCCAAAAUUUUUUGUCAGUAUGAGUCAGGCCUGGUAGGUUAGCCAAUGGAUAGCAUGUAGCAUUUAGAAACUUAAAAGAACGAUAUUGAACAUUUCUUUAAAAUUGUUUGUUGAUAACAGUACACAGAAGAUUGUUUGUUGAUAACAGAACACAGAAGAUUGUUUGUUGAUAACAGUACACAGAAGAUUGUUUGUAGAUAACAGUACACAGAAGAUUGUUUGUUGACAACAGUACACAGAAGAUUGUUUGUUGAUAACAGUACACAGAAGAUUGUUUGUAGAUAACAGUACACAGAAGAUUGUUUGUUGAUAACAGUACACAGAAGAUUGUUUGUUGAUAACAGUACACAGAAGAUUGUUUGUUGAUAACAGUACACAGAAGAUUGUUUGUUGAUAACAGUACACAGAAGAUUGUUUGUUGAUAACAGUACACAGAAGAUUAUCUUAUCAACGUAGUGUUCAUCUGUUUCUUGUUACACAAGCAUGAAACCUACAUUUCUAUGAUGCAAUGACAAGCAAAAUUUUUUUAUCUGACCUUAUUGUAGUAUACAUCGAACUAAGCAACACACUUGGACCACCCAGUGACACACUUACCUUCAUUUGACAUGCUGUAGGCCUUUCUAAACAGCUUUUUCUUUAGGAGGGACUUGUUUCUCGGCCCAUCCCCACCAGUUUCUCUCUUCUCUUAUUGAUUAGCGAACGGCACGAGGAACAAGGGGGUGGGGAGGGCGUGUCAGAUCUCGUUAUGGGCUGGGAAGUCUUAGUUUUAAUUUGAUUGACCACAGCUACAUCCUUUUUUUUUACUUGAAACAAGCUGUAGUAGAGAAGAUAUGGCUGAAAGAAUUGUGUUCCAUUUCAAGUGAAAACUUCCUACAUGUCAGUGUAGACCUGAGCUAGUGUAAGACAUUCUAAAGAAACACAUGUUUAGUUUUUAAGUCUUCCAUUUUUUUCCCCAUCGUUGCCAGGUUUGAAACUCAUCAAGUUUUUGACCUCCCAGGCUUUAGACACAUCAGAUUUUAGACCCAGCAGACCGAAGCUCUAGCACUGUUAAAGCCUACUACUACUGUUAAUGUCACAGAGUGAAUUUAAUGAACAAAUUAUAUAUAUAUAUAUAUAUAUAUAUCUUGUUAAAAUACAUUAAUUUAUACCGAAAAGGAAGUUAGGGUUUGAGGAGGAAGCAGACCCCUUCAUUCCUAACACUUGGAGGCCCACUCCGAAAGCAUAAUACACUAGAAACUAAUCAGUUUAUACUCAAAUUCGCUCCAAAAAAAAAAAGUUUAUUUUGGCCUAUAAAAAUGUAUCUUUUUGAGUCUAUACCUACAGGUAUACAGGUCACCAUAAACGUCAUUUAUUUGGUCCUUAUGUUUCACCUGUGCAUGACAUCGAAGCUGUGCUAUAGUGACGUAUAGUCUACCAUAGAAUAUAGAUUAUAGAGAUCUAGGUAUUCCUUGUACAAUUGUACCGCUUGAGCUUCUAGAAACACGGACAUGUUUUAGUACAUAUAAAUGUGCCUGCUCUCUGCCUGUCUGAUUUGGAUCAUUUGUUUUAAAUAUUGAUUUUGUUGAUAGUGUAAGAGCAGAAAGCUGAGCUGAAAGCAUUGCUUCGUAUAAUAGAAUUAUUAUUAUCAGUCUGGGCAGGACGACCAAUGAACAUUGAGUGAAUGUGACACGUGACAGUAUGUUCUCAGACUGCUUUGGUUGCAAUAAAAAAUAUAAUUUUGUAUUUUUUUUAAA